AUGGAGCAACAACUACGCAGUUGGUUGCGCUUCUGUGUUUACUUUGGCAUAUAUUUAGAUGCAACGCCAAGCACUUACAGUAAUAAUUCAACUAAUUGCAUACAAUUGAACUCCACCAUUUGCAUUACGGCUAAACAAUCGCCAAAUCGCCACUAUACGCUACAACGCUGUUAUAAUUGCUUACUGUGCUCUAUCAGUUCCGCUUUAUUUGUGGGCAGCAUCUAUUGGCACCCCUUUCCAGAGGGCUUAACACUCAAUUGGAUAGCGAUUACUAUACUCUUCACAACAAGAUACAUCGCAAAUUUACUUAUACUCUUGGACGCAGUGUGGAAGCAGCGACAGCAUGAGACCUUCCUCUUGUUACUACAAGAGAUCGAGGAGUCAUUCCGUUUGCGUCUGAGUUGGAACGCGCGUAGCUUUGCGCUGCUAAAGCAAUUGAAACGCUUUCUCAUCUACCAACUAGUGCUAUCCGUGAUAGGCCUACUGCCUUUCAUGGUGGCCACUUUUGUUUCAGUGGACUAUGGCGGUUACUUUUGGCGUGGAGUGUGGUUCAUAUGCACCGCACGUGUACGCACGCUCCAGCUGCUGGUGUAUAUGCAGAUUCUGCGUCACUUUUUGUUUGGUUUGUGCGCGAAGUUGGAGCAGAUUGUGGCCUAUCGGAUGGCACCAAGUCGGCAGUUGUUGGACAUGGACUAUGGCCGACUUGGUACGAUGGCGUAUUUCUUGGCUGUCAGAGAGAUUUAUGCGUUGCUCGAUAAGGCAUUUCAGCUGCUAAAUGAUUUUGCUGGCUGGUCGCUACUGGGCAUUAUGACUACUUUUGUGCUCGAUUUGAGCUCAAAUUUCUAUUGGAUGCUGCAAAGUUUCGAUAAUUUUCGUGGACGCCGCUAUUACUACUUGGUCGAUUUGUGGUGGUUCAUACCGGUCGCCACAUAUGUGUGGUAUUUGUGUUAUUUGUGCGAUAGUUGCAAGCAGUUGGGACGCAGAGUGGCGCAAUUAUUGAGCAAAAUUAUUUUGUUGAGCUCAGCGAGAUCGGGUGUUCAUUAUCGCUUAGUGUUGCAACAAUUUUCCAUGCAAUUGCAGCUGCAGUGCAUUGAAGUAUCAGCGCGGAGUUUCUUUGUUCUGGAUUUGCCCUUCGUCAUGUCGAUUUCCACUGCCAUGGCUAUGCAUUUGGUGAUACUUAUACAGUUUUAA